GAGCCCGCACAGUCACUCAGAGAGCUGUAGUGCUCAGUGACCCUUGACCUCUGUGUUGCCUCUCUGGACACUGAUGAUGGACGCGCUCCUCCGCUGCCCGUUCCUGUCCCGUGUGCCCCCGUCGUUCCUGCAGCAGGCCAGACAGUCUCUGGUGGCGUACGCUGUGAAGUGUCCGGUGAUGAUGGAGCUGGCGUCCAGACCGCUGGUGCGCUCUCUGUGCUCCUCGUCUGAGAGCCGGACCCCCGGCGAGGGAACCCUCUGUCCUCCGCUCUGUCCAUCAGGAGGGCCUGUGGGUCACCCCGCGGGUCAGGCGUCCUCCAGGUGCCCGUUCCUGGCGGCUGAGAUGGGGCAGAGCAGCGUGGUGCGGCAGGCCAGCAUGGCUCUUCAGGAGGACGUGUCUGAAGUCCACACAGUGUGCACAGCCAGUGCAGACUGUUGUCCAGACGUGUCCCCACCGGAGCUGAAUCCUCUGAAGGACACCCAGAUCAGAGCAAACCUGAUGAAGCCGCGCUCCCCUCGUGUCUCUCGUCUGCAGGAGAACAUGCCCAAAACUGUGUCCAACUUUCGCUAUGACGAGUUCUUCGAGAAGAAGAUCGAGGAGAAGAAGCAGGACCACACGUACCGCGUGUUUAAAACAGUGAACCGUAGAGCCACAGAGUUCCCGAUGGCAGACGACUACACCAAGUCCCUGUCCUUCAAGAGAAGUGUCUCUGUGUGGUGCAGCAACGACUACCUGGGCAUGAGCCGUCACCCGCGGGUGCUGCAGACCAUCAUGGACACUUUAGGGAAUCAUGGAUCAGGAGCUGGAGGGACUCGAAAUAUAUCUGGGACAAGUAAGUUUCACGUGGACCUGGAGCACGAGCUGGCCGAUCUGCACGGGAAGGAUGCAGCUCUGCUCUUCACCUCGUGUUUCGUGGCCAAUGACUCCACGCUCUUCACGCUGUCUAAGAUGAUGCCUGGUUGCCAGAUCUAUUCAGAUGCGGGUAAUCACGCCUCAAUGAUUCAGGGCAUCAGGAACAGCGGCGCCAAGAAGUUUAUCUUCCGUCACAACGACGCCAAGCACCUGCGCCAGCUGCUGGAGAAAUCUGAUCCCUCGGCUCCCAAGAUCGUGGCGUUUGAGACGGUGCACUCGAUGGACGGUGCUGUGUGUCCGCUGGAGGAGAUGUGUGACGUGGCCCAUGAGUUCGGCGCCAUCACGUUCGUGGACGAGGUGCACGCGGUGGGGCUGUACGGCCCCCGAGGAGGCGGCAUCGGAGACCGGGACGGGGUCAUGCACAAGAUGGACAUCAUCUCUGGCACUCUGGGGAAAGCGUUCGGCUGUGUGGGGGGCUACAUCGCCAGCACUCACGCUCUGGUGGACACGGUGCGCUCGUACGCCGCCGGCUUCAUCUUCACCACGUCUCUGCCUCCCAUGCUGCUGGCCGGCGCGCGCGAGUCUGUCCAGAUCCUGAAGAGUGAGGAGGGCCGUGCACUGCGCCGCAAACACCAGCGCAGUGUGAAGCUGCUGCGGCAGAAGCUGCUAGACACAGGUCUGCCGGUGGUGCACUGCCCUAGCCACAUCAUCCCCAUCAGGGUGGCAGACGCAGAGAAGAACACGCAGGUGUGUGACAUCAUGAUGAGCCGCUACAACAUCUACGUGCAGGCCAUUAACUACCCCACGGUGGCUCGAGGAGAGGAGCUGCUGCGCAUCGCUCCCACGCCUCACCACACGCCGCAGAUGAUGAGCUACUUCACCGAGAAGCUGACGCAGGCGUGGACCGAGGCCGGGCUGGAGCUGAAGCCGCACUCCUCUGCCGAGUGUAACUUCUGCCGGCAGCCGCUGCACUUCCAGCUGAUGAGCGAGAGAGAGAAGUCCUUCUUCAGCGGCCUCAGUCAGCCCAUACCAGCCUGCGCCUGACACAUUACUCACAUCACUACAACACCUGAUCUGUGUGGGAACUUUAACAGAUUAUACAGAGUAAAUCUGAACUGUUUUAUAUUUGAAAGAUGUUUAACUUAUGUAGACCAAUCGUAUUUAAUCAAUCAAGUGUUACACUGGAUUCACAGGUUUUAAUAAACUGAUUACACACA